AUGGAAGACAGCUUCUCUCCGGUUCUGCAGACAGAAGGUGACAUUGUGACAGACGUCGCAUACUCUCCCAAUGGCGCAGUUGCGGUUGCAGUUUCCCGAGAUAAAUGCAUUUACGUGUGGGAUAUAGUGUCUGAUCAGCGGGUGGGCUACUUCAACCAUGACGAUACAGUUUACAGUGUCCAGUUUUUCUCGCCUCCUGGGCUUUCUCUGGGACUCCUGAGCGCAAGCUUUGAUGGCACAAUCAGAUUCUGGGCGUUCGAAGAAUCGAAUCCCACGGGUCUCAUGUUUGCGAACAUUGAGCGGCCAUACAGAUCGUGUUCUCAGCGCAACAUACAACCGUCGGAAUGGCCGGAUCAUUUCGAGCAGCGAGGACGGCAGUGUCUACUUCUGGGAUGCAUUGACUGGCAAUCCCGAACUGGCUUUGGUUGGUCGUGA